AUGGCCGCAAGCUUCUCAAAAAACCUCCUCCGCCUCAACCAUCGCCUUCCGGGAUACACCGCUGACAUUGGCGCCUCGUGCGGCCGUCAUUCAGGCCUCGCUUCCUCCGCCGCCGCGCAGACCCAGAACCCCGCCUAUCCGCUGUACCCCUCCGUCACGCAGCUUCUUCACGAGAAGGGCAUCCCCGACUCCGAAGUGUCCAAGAUCCCCGCCUCCGGGCCCAAGGGCCGUCUGCUCAAGGGCGACGUCCUCGCCUACCUGGGCCUCAUCGCCCCCGAGUACCCGUCCGCCCAGGCCGCCCGCAUCGACAAGCUCGGCCACCUCGACCUGAGCAACAUCAAGAUCGCCGCGCCCCCAGCGCCUCCCAAGCCCGCUGAAGCCGUCGUCGAGGAGCCCGCCGUCGCCCGUCCGCCCCCAACCACUUCCGUCGCCGUCUCCAUCUCCCUGGCCACCGUGCUGUCCGUCCAGAAGAAGAUCCAGGACUCCCUGGGCGUCAGCAUCCCGCUCUCCACCUUCCUCGCCCGCGCCACCGAUCUCGCAAACGACGACCUGCCCCGGGCGCCAGGCGCCGCCCCCUCCGCCGAUGAGCUCUUCGAGGAAAUCCUCGGCGCUGAGCCCGUCCGUACGUCCCGUGGUGACUAUAUUCCCGAGCUGAAUGCCGUCGAGGCCCCCACCGAGGUCGACUUCGUCCAGCCGGCUGAGGAGGACAUUAUCGAUAUCCUGAGUGGAAAUGUCACCAAGAAGUCGGUCUACCGGCCGGAGACGGUGGAGCCUGCUGCGCCUGCCAUGAACGUCUUCAGCUUGACUGUCCCUGUUGGUGAGGAGAAGCGCGCCCGGGCUUUCCUGGACCGUGUCAAGGCGCUGCUGACGAUCGAGCCCGGUCGCCUUGUUCUAUAG